AUGGAAACUUCCAAUGAUCUACCUCCCUCGCGAGAGCGAGUUGUGCCAGGUUCCUGUAACAUCGUACCUGGUCAAUUCCCUAAGACCAUGUCCGAAUCUGAGUCGGAUCUUCCCUUAGACCCAAACGCUAUUGCAGACAACAUAGUCAACCAGCUAAACUCGGGUCUCUCAGCCAGAGAUCAGGCAGCUGUUGCAGCACUCUUUCUCGAUAAUUGCUUCUGGCGUGACCACCUGUGCUAUUCGUGGGACUUCCGCACCCUCGAGGGGAGCCAAUCCAUCGCUGCCUUUGUCACUGAGGCACCAUCCAGCAAAAUCGAAAUUGACCGAUCGUCUGACACCAAAUCCCCGCACAAGGCACCCAUUGAUUCCUUUGGUGAUGUUUUCGGAAUUGAAUUUUCCAUCAAGAUCACCACAGAGAAUGGAGUGGGGAAUGGUAUCAUGCGAUUGGCGGAACAGGAUGGCAAGUGGUACAUUUUCACUGUGUUCAGUUCGUUGGUUGCGGUGAAGGGUCAUGAAGAAGAUACGGAGAGGCCUUUCGGGGUACGACAUGGCGAGCAGAAAGGUCGAAAGAACUGGAAAGAUCGGCGUACCGAUGAGAUCAAUUUCGAGGGAAAAGAACCGGCGGUAUUGAUAAUUGGUGCUGGCCAGGGUGGCUUGACUGCCGCCGCGCGCCUCAAGAUGCUCAAGGUUGACACCCUUGUCAUCGACCGCGAAGAGAGAGUUGGAGACAAUUGGCGUCAACGAUACCACCAGCUUGUUCUCCACGACCCAGUGUGGUACGAUCACAUGCCAUACCUACCCUUCCCGUCUGACUGGCCGAUCUAUACACCAAAAGAUAAGCUGGCGGAUUUCUUCGAAACCUACGUGAAGUUCCGAGAGCUCAAUGUUUGGACCCAAACCGAGAUCAAGUCGUCAUCCUGGGAUGAGAGCAAGAAGCAAUGGACGGUUGUUCUCGAGCGCAAGACAGACAAGGGAACUGAGACACGCACCUUGCACCCACGCCACAUCAUCCAAGCUACUGGCCACUCCGGCAAGAAGAAUAUGCCCGUUUUCAAAGGUAUGGAGGAUUUCAAGGGAGAUCGCCUGUGCCACAGCUCAGAGCAUCCUGGCGCAAAUUUCGAGUCAAAAGGAAAGAAGGCAAUUGUCGUGGGAUCUUGCAACUCGGCAAACGACAUCGCGCAGGACUUUGUCGAGAAAGGCUACGACGUGACCAUGGUGCAGCGAAGCUCCACCUAUGUAGUAUCGUCCGCGUCUACCUUGAAAAUUGGCUUUAAAGGGCUCUAUGAUGGGACCGGCCCGCCAACUGAAGACGCCGAUCUUUAUCUGUGGAGUAUUCCAUCACGUUUAUUCAAAGCGCAACAGAUCAAAGUCACUAAGCUUAUAGCUCAGAAUGACACAAAGACCAUUGAAGGGCUGGAAAAGGCAGGCUUUAAGGUCGACCAGGGCCCCUCGGACAGCGGUCUCUUGAUGAAGUACUUCCAGCGCGGAGGUGGGUACUACAUUGACGUCGGUGGAAGCCAGCUCAUCAUCGACGGGAAGGUCAAGGUGAAGCAUGGCCAGGAAAUCAGCCAAGUUCUUCCCCAUGGCCUCCGAUUUGAGGAUGGUUCAGAGCUUGAAGCCGAUGAGAUUGUGUUCGCCACUGGAUAUCAGAACAUGAGAACCGAGACUCGUGUGAUCUUUGGUGACAAGGUCGCUGACCGCGUCAACGAUAUCUGGGGACUUGACAAGGAAGGCGAGAUGCGGACUAUCUGGCGGCGGAGUGGUCACCCUGGAUUCUGGUUCAUGGGCGGGAACCUUGCUCUUAGUAGAUACUACUCGCGUCUGCUCGCACUGCAGAUCAAAGCGAUCGAAGAGGGGUUGACUACUUGGUAG